AUGUACCAGGUGCGGGAGGAUUUUUCGAGGAGGAAGCGUUUGGACGUGCAGCCAGUUUCCCGACAGGAUCAGUUGGGAUUGCGAUUAGGCAUGUGGUACUGGAAAGAUGACACCAAAACACUUGAAUUCCGAAGUUUUGCACCUGCAGUAGAACUCAAGGAAAAAGGAAGGAAAGGCAAAGCAGUUCACUUUGCUGAAAUUGACGGCACUGCUUCAGACAGGUUGACAGAUAAAAGAUUCGCCUCAAGAGAUGCUAAGUCACUUCAAGCCUUAGAGAAACGAGGUCAGCAGGGCAACGUUACACUGAAUGAUGUUAAAUUUGUUGCUUUGCUUUUGCUACAAGAGACUGAGAUGCAGCGGAUCUGUUCUUUUACAACAUUUAUGAGGAAUAAGAAUCUUGAUAAUUUCUUCAUGGCAUUAUUGUACUAUUUAUCUCAUUACUUGGAAAAAAGUGCACUGGAAAAGAAGCCCAAAAGUUACAUGGUGGGCCUUGUAGAGAAAAAAGAGAUGGAAUUGGUUUUAAGUAAGUUAGAAGCAGCACAGAAAUACUUGGCACAGAAGUACUGUGUCCUUGUCCUGGGCUUGGGAAUGCCCGAUAAGCAUCACAUGUGCUGCGGAAAGGAGAAAAUGUCAGAUACACAAAAAGACUGGAAAUUCUUUGAGUCCUUUUAUACUUUCUGUACAUACAUAGCUUGGAUUGUCUUCCGACGUCAACACUUCACAGAAAUUGAGGAAGAAAUAGGGAGGCUCUUUCGUACCAAUAUGUUCAAUAUUCCUCGAAGGAAGCGCGAGGAUGAAGAAUCAGGAGGGCAAAAGAAACGCAUGACAUUUGUACAAUUUAGGAGAAUGAUGGCAAAACGCCCAGCGAUUAAAACAGCCAUUAACAUGCGCUCUCCAGUCAUGUCUACUCUGCUACCGUCUCUCAGAGAAAAAGCUCAGAAUAUCCUUGAGAAAAAGUAUCAUCAAGGAGGCAAGAAAUUCUCAGCCGAGGUGCAAGAGAAUAUGGAGAAUGUGGACUUUGUGCCUAUGCCAAUGUAA